CUUUUGUUCCUCGUAUUGAAUGCAGAAAGAAUUUGCUUCAAACACUUAUAACUUGUGCCUUUAAUAUUUUUUCUGUUUUGUGAGUUCUUGAGUAAUAGAAACGUUGCUUUAUCCAACAGUGUCAAUCUCUGUUGGGUCCGUAAAUGGAGCGACAAAAGGAGCAAUGGUUCAGUUAACAAAGAACCUGGCAUGUGAGCGGCCAAAGGACAAUAUAAGGAUCAACAGUGUUGUACCCUGGUUUAUUAUAACACCUAUCAAUGAUUAUUUAUUCACUGAUGAUAAAUUUGCAGAGGCUGUAAAAGCUCGAACCCCAAUGGGAAGAACAGGAGAACUAAGUCCUGGCACUGUAUAUACUCCACCAAGCAAACCCAGAAAAAGAGAGAGAGAGAAAGAGAGAGAGAGAAUGGAGAGCAGCAGAAAGGAUAGCAGAUGGUCUCUUGAAGGAAUGACAGCUCUUGUUACUGGUGGAACCAAAGGAAUUGGGCAUGCUAUUGUGGAGGAAUUGGCAGGAUUAGGGGCAGAAGUGUACACAUGUUCUCGCAAUGAAGUUCAGCUUAACGAAUGCAUACAUAAAUGGAAAGCUAAGGGUUUCAAAGUCACAGGUUCAGUAUGUGAUGUAUCCUCCAGAGCCAACAGAGAGGACCUGAUGAACAGAAUAUCUUCUCUGUUCAAUAGGAAGCUUAACAUCCUUAUAAACAAUGUCGGAACGAACAUUGGAAAACCGACGGUGAAGUAUACAGCUGAGGACUUCUCAUAUCUAGUGAACACCAAUUUCGAAUCUGCUUACCAUUUGUCGCAACUUGCACAACCUCUUCUUAAAGGUUCAGGGGCAGGAAGUAUUGUCUUUAUGUCUUCUGUUAGUGGAGUAUUAUCAGUCAAUGUCGGCACCAUAUAUGGAGCUACCAAAGCUGCAAUGAACCAGCUCACUAAGAAUCUGGCAUGUGAAUGGGCAAAAGAUAAUAUAAGGACUAAUUGUGUUGCACCUUGGUUCAUCAGAACUCCUCUUACUGAACAAGAUCUUAAUCAUGAAAGAUUCUCCAACUCCAUUGCCGCCCGAACUCCGAUGGGAAGGGUUGGAGAGGCAGAGGAGGUGUCUUCCUUGGUGGCAUUUCUGUGUCUACCUGCAGCCUCAUACAUCACAGGGCAGACCAUUUGUGUUGAUGGAGGGAUGACAGUGAAUGGGUUCUUCUUCCCAACAACUGAACUUUGAAACCAGAAACAAUCAGUCAAAGUUCCAAACAGUUCAAAUUGAUUGGCUCACAUUCCAGAAUUGUUCAACUCUAAUAAAAAGACAACCUUUAGUUGGAAAUUUGUAAAAGGGUUUGCUUCAGACAAAUCAUGAAGGAUCAUUAAACCAAUUUUAAGAAAACAAUAAUGGUAAUUGCUUUAGACUGAUCAUGAAGAAUGGUAUGUUAUAAUGAACGUAGGGAAACUUGCCAAAGUAUUGGACUGCAAGAUAUUUGUUUCUGAUGGUAUUGAGACACGUAAGAGUAAGCUGGGAAGAGUUGUCCCUACUCCAUUGUUGGACCAGUCGAAGUGCAUGAUUAAUACAGAAUCUGGGACAUAGAUUGUAUGCAAUUCUCCAUUGAACAUCUGUCCAGUUUAGAUUAGGGUUAUCUUCCUCCCCCUAAAAAUUAAUUUCUUCUAGCCGCA